AUGGACAUCCUCGUCUCUGCAAUCGUAGGUGACCUCGUCAGCAGGUCGGCAUCGUUCGUGAUCGGCAAGUACUUCCGGCAGCAGCCUGGCAUCGACAUGGUUCUCCAGAGGCUGCAGCGAGUCGUUCAGAGAAUCCACACCGUCGUCGAGGAGGCCGAGGGACGGCGCAUCACCAACCAGGGGAUGCUCCGUCAGCUGAAGACGCUGAGGCAAGGAAUGUACAGAGGCCGCUACAUUCUUGAUGCCCUGAGAUUCCAAGCCGCCCUUGAAGACGAGGAGGAGGCGAGCCACUCACUGACUGCUGUUUUGCUGUCUGAAUCCAGUAGUCUGGCCAAACGGCUUCGUUUCUCCGGUGGUGCCGGUGGCGGUGGUAGCAGCAGCAACAGAGAUGCAGCGGCACUGUUAAUGUCUGGUGCAAACAACAAGACACGAGAAGAGCUGCAACGGGUGGUUUCUUCUCUUGAAGACACCAUGGAUGCAGGUAUGAAGGAGUUCCUUGUCUUCUUGGAGUCGUAUCCUCAGGUACUCCGCCAACCACACGCCGCAUAUUUGCUCUUGGAGAACUGCAUGUUUGGUCGCCAAACGGAACGGGAACAGGUCUUGGAUUUCUUGCUCCAUCCUGCUGCUGCUCCGAUCUUGGCUGUACUUCCGAUCGUCGGUCCACUAAGAGGAGGGAAAACCACUCUUGUUGAGCAUGUCUGCAGGGAUGAAAAUGUGCGCAGUCGCUUCUCGACGAUCCUCUUCUUUCCAGAAGGCAGCUGCCUUGAGGACGAAGGAGUGGUCGACCUUAUAGGGACCGGCAACUUCAGAGUCAGACAUCGGAAUUGUGCCACUCGAUCUCACAACAGGUUCCUGAUCAUUGUCGAAACCGACAAGGACAUCAACGAGGGAGCAUGGACAAGUCUGAAAUCGUGCGUCACCCACAUGGCACCUUGCGGUGGGAAGCAGAUCAUAGUCACCGGUCGGUCAGACAGAAUAGUGGAUCUGGGAACGACGGAAGCGCUUCGACUGGGCCGUGUCCCUCGAGAAGCCUAUUGGUAUUUCUUCAAGUCGCUCGCGUUCGGAAGCGCGGACCCUGACGAGCACCCAAGCAUGGUGGCGAUGGCCAUGGAGAUCGCUUCAGAGCAUAGACAGUGUUUGAUGGGUGGGCACAUAGUUGCCGGGUUACUGCGAGAUAACUUCAGCCCCAGAUUCUGGCGCGCAAUCCUUGGGUCCAUGAGAGCUUAUAGAAAGGCACAUCUUGUGUGCGAAGAUGGACAUCGGUAUCAUUGGAGGUUGGGAAGAAGCUGCGAAUAUUUCUUGAUUUGCAGCCAUCGCCAGUCAGAUUCAAGUGAGCAAGUCCCCAAGAUCAGUUUGCAGGAAAUCAUCUCGAGACGUGGUGGUACAUUUCCCAGUGGGAAACUUGAUGCUCUCGCAUGGAGUUCUUGCAUACCGCCCUACUACAAUUACACGGUAAGCUGUGUCAUGCCAGCACCACAACCUACGGCAGGAAGGAAGAAGCGUGUGAUUAAGGAGGAAGGACGCUCGGUUUGA